CUCGUUCGGACACUCGCCCUGCUCCCCUAAAGUGCCAGAUGACUCCCUCCUCGGCCCGGGUCAUUCGUUUCCAUUUGCUUCCGAGCCUCAGUCAUUCGCUUGCUCGUGUGCAGGAGUCUCGGGUGCUUUCUGAAAGAGAGUUGAUCGGGGCGACCGAGUAGAGAUUAGAGAAUAAACAGCUCUUGUUGGAGAGGACUUGGCAGGGGGGUAAUGCCGACGGUCUCGACUGCUGACUGAACAACACCAUUCUGUCGGGCCUUUUUCUCUUCCCCUUGCCUGACCACAGCCUCUGGCCACUGACACAAUGACGGACAUAGAGUGGAAAGCCUUUUCGCUGACACACGUUGAAUACCCAAAAGGGGAUAUAAUAGGGCAGCUCUUAGCAAUUAGCAGCUUAGCACCAGUAGCUAUAAUUGUUGGCUUUGUCACCCUAAUUCUCUUCAGAAGAGACCUGCACACAAUUACAUUUUUUGCUGGUGCAUUAUUAAAUGAGGGAAUCAAUCUGCUCCUGAAGCACAUUAUUGCUGAGCCUCGACCAUGGCUUCGGAAAGGCCUGUACACAGAGUAUGGGAUGCCCUCCUCACACUCACAAAUGAUGUGGUUCUUUGCUGCUUAUUGUGUUCUCUUCUUAAUCUUCAGAUUACGUCAUAUUAGUAGUUCAAUGAUGGAGCUACUGUGGAAGGUUGUGGUUGCUGUUUGUCUUAUUACUGCAGCGUUUAUUGUCAUGUAUUCAAGAGUUUAUCUGUUGUACCACACAUGGGGACAAGUACUGUGGGGAGCAUUGGUGGGAAUUAUCCUGGGUUUUGGGUGGUUUACUCUUACACAUCUGACGCUGACACCACUUUUCCCCAUAGUCGCUUCAUGGAAAGUAUGUGAAACACUGAUGAUUCGGGAUACUUCCUUAAUUCCAAACAUCUUGUGGUUUGAAUACACACACGCUCGCACAGAGAAUCGAGCAAGAAGCCGGAAACUUGCAUCAAUGAAGAGCCAGUAAUUUGAGUUGUAAAUGUGAUUACUACUUUCUAUUUUUUUUAGUGGUUGUUUGGGCUGUUGGGUAUUCUGGAAUAAACUUUUAAAACAUGCACUCCACUGAGUUCAUUGAAAAAAUUAUAUAUUUUUUAGGCACAAGUGAAUUAUAAUUUUAUGAGUUGCAGUAUGGUGAAAUACUCAUCUUAAAUGUGGUUUAGUUUAUUUAUGGUUUUAUUAAUAAUAAAUUUUAUACCAGAAAUAUGACAGGCUAUCCAUAAAUGUGAACUGCCAAUUUUGUUGAUAAAAUAUUGAAUUGUUAAAUAGUAUUGUUAGAUCUCUCAUAGAAUUAUGAAUAUUUUUUUUUUUUCUAUAUUGUUUCAUGUUGACUUGUAUGUUUUCUAGUUUGUGGUGUAACCCACACUUGUGACUGCAUAAAAUUGAUGAUUGUUUGUGUCCAUCUUAUUUGCAUCUUAUAUUGGAAGACCUGAAAAUAAUUAUUGCAGUCAUUUUAGCACUGUUUAAAGUGUAAUGCACUAGUCUCAUUGUAAGUAGGAAUGUUCAACAGAAGACCUUAUGGACUUCUGCAAUAGAUGCCCUGCCAAUAAAGGUUGUUUGUAUAAA